AUGAACGGAAUUAAUGUUGUUGCUGACAAAAUUGGCGCAGAAAUAAAUAUCAAGGAAAAACCAAAAUCAAAAAGAGUCAGUAUUAAAGAUAAACUAAUGCAAAUCCGGUCAAAUAUAACUGUUGAACCUAUUAUAGCUUGCUAUAUUAUGUCAAAUGUAUUCUCGGGACUUGCGAUCCAAAAUUUGAACUUGGAGAAAGCAUGUCGAGUAAAUUUGGGCUAUAGCGAUGAAGUAUGUUCGGCGCUAAACAGGAGACAAACCGAAAAUUAUACAAUGGAAGAGUCGGAAGUGCAAAAGUUAACGGCGUCGGUGCAAGCGUGGAAAAACAUUGUUCAAACGACGUUCCCUUGUAUUUUGAUCCUGUUUGUUGGAUCAUGGAGUGACAAAACAGGAAAGCGAAAAGCGUGCAUCCUUUUGCCAAUUGUUGGCGAAGUACUUUGUUGCACGAGUUUCAUUUUGAACACCUACUUCUUCUACGAAUUGCCGUUGGAAAUCACGGCCCUCUCUGAUCUAUUUCCAUCGUUAACCGGAGGUUGGAUUACUGUUUGCGUCGGUGUAUUUAGUUACAUAGGUGAUGUAACGACGAAAGAAAUGAGGACAUUCAGAGUGGGAUUGGCCAAUUUGUGUAUGUCCCUGGGAAUACCAAUCGGAAUGUCUCUGAGUGGCAUACUGUUGCAGCAAAUUGGUUAUUAUGGUAUAUUUGUGAUAUCAAUUUGUCUCUAUCUGACGAGCUUGAUAUAUGGAUAUAUACGUUUAAAAGACCCAAUUAUAUCUGCAGAGCGUCAAAGAGAUCAGCCAGUGGGGUGCCGUGGCUGGGUCUGUUCAUUUUUCGAUGCUCGCCAUGUUCGAGAAACUCUUACGGUAGCCUUUAGAUCUGGACCACGACGAAGAAGGCUCAGGGUCUCGUUACUGAUUGUAGUAGUAUGUGUAAUAUUUGGGCCCCUUCAUGGUGAGAUGAACGUCCUGUAUCUCUUCAUGCGGUAUAGAUUCAACUGGGAUGAGGUGCAAUUCAGCAUGUUCUGUACCUAUAGUAUUAUCACCAACUUAGUAGGCACGCUGUUCUCCAUCAGUAUCUUCAGCGACUUCAUGAAGCUGGACGACACUGUAGUUGGAAUAAUUUCCUGCACUAGCAAGAUUCUCGCUUCUUUUAUAUUUGCCUUUGCAACCACAACCACCGAGAUAUAUAUCGCGCCCUUAGUUGAAAUAUUCAACGGCACUUCUUUUAUUGCCAUGCGUUCCAUUGCGUCCAAGUUAGUGACCAGCGAAGAAUUGGGAAAAGUAAACUCAUUGUUUGGAUUGGCAGAAGCUAUGAUGCCUUUGGUGUAUGGUCCUCUCUACUCUAGGGUGUAUAUGGCUACUUUAACUGUGCUGCCUGGAGCAGUAUUUCUACUUGGAGCCGGUAUGACUGUUCCUGCUGUAGCUAUUUUUGGGUGGAUGUAUUUCGAACAAAGAGAAGAUACUAAACAAGUUGAAGAAGUGGACAAUUAA